GAGCUUUCCAAAAUCGUGGCCUCAAUUGCACCCCGGAUUUCCUACCACCUACGGACCCGGACGCCCUUCUACAUCACCUGCACACGCGACUUCAUCUUCUUCUCCCAUUCAUUUUCAUUUCUGCUCACCACAGCCCUUACCAGGACCACCACGUACGAGGAGGCGUAGUUUGUAUUCCUGAUUUCUUUCCGCCGUCUUCCGCUUUCACCAUGUCUUCCCCCCGCCCGUCCUCCCCCGUCAAUUCGCCGGCGUCUUCCGCCAUCAGCACCGCCCGUCCCUCGUCUCCCGCCCCCCCGGGAGGCGCGCGAACUGCCAUCCGACGGAGAGCCGCCGCCGAUCAGAAGGAGAAGAUCGCCAAUGCGCGGCCGAACAGCACCCGGGCCGCCGGCGUCGGCGGGAGCAGUAGCACGAUGCUGAAGCUUUACACGGACGAGUCCCCCGGCCUGAAGGUUGAUCCUGUCGUCGUCCUUGUGCUCUCUCUGGUUUUCAUCUUUAGCGUCGUUGCCUUACACAUCAUUGCCAAGAUCACCCGGCGAUUCUCCAGCUAGACGAGUCUCGGGGCCGGGAGAGACGGCGCGGUGACUGAUCACUGCGACUCUCGACCAGCUGCGACGCAGAGUACAACUGAUGGGGGCCGACGUCAACAUCAGCAGGAAUGUUAGACAGGAGUGCUUUCCCGGCGUCUGGGUAACCGGCACAUUGUAUCAUACAAAAAGCAGAAAAAAGGCCCUGGCCAGCUUGCGCGAUGAGAAUCCCCCGGCCUUGAUUGUGAUGGUGUACCAAACGAGUGUUGUAUUUAAUCGCGGGAGUUUUAAAGAGGCGGCAAACGUAAUCAGAAUUGGAAUCAUCCACGGUGAGAAGCAAACGGACCCGGUGAAUGCAGCGGUUCUGUGAGACAGCUAGAUGCGGUCACCGAUCUCCCCCAGAACAACGAGCUACUAUACACACAGUUAGUCUUAAAGGGAGACCGGCCAGCUAGUCGGCUCUUUCACGAAAUCGGAAUCAAUUGGGGAUAACAAUACGGGAGGGCAGGGCUACCUCGACGAUGGCCCUAGCUUAUUUUGUGUGGCGUCGAUGCUGCGUACUCGGCUAGGAGUUGCCUAGGCCAGUACGGAGUCGCAUAGCUACAACUGGGAAAAAACUCCACUUUUCGGUCGAACGCCCCAGUUUUAUCGUCUACACAUACGCCCCUAAUGGGAGGAGG